AUGAGCCAGGCAGCCCCUGUUCUGCUCGGAAUCGCCAUAGCGAUCGCGGGCUAUUGCAGCGUGCUCUGCGCCACGCCACCCAAUCUCUCCCCAGACUUGAAAGACCGCCACCAAAAUGACCGCCUGAGCGUCGUGGCGGGAAAAUUCCCCAUCAUUGCACGCCGAGUCACGCUCGCUGUGACGUUGUAUCAUGCACUAUUGGCUAUGAUCCCAUCCCGCACUGGUGGUCGCGUCGUGCAGAUAUGUCCCCAGUCCCAAAACAUUAAUCCCGAACUCUUCAUGUGGAGUGUGGUGUCUGUCACAUCUCUUCUGCUGGUGUACGCGGGCGCAUAUAUGCGUGUGUCGGCCUAUGGCGGGCUUGGCAAAUCUUUUACAUUCCACCUUGUCGCGCCGGAUCAUUUGGUCACUACGGGCAUGUACAGAUGGGUCCAGCAUCCAAGUUACACAGGUGCUGGCCUAGCGCUCACAGGGGUCUUCUCGUUAUUCUUGCGAUGGGACGCGACCUUGGCUUGCUGGAUUCCAGACGCGGCAUUUUCGAAACUGCAGGGGUGGGGGCUGGGCACGGCCGUGAUGGUUUUAGGGGUACUUUUCCGGGCUAUAUGGAUGAGGGUCAUUGAUGAAGAAAGAAUGUUGAAACAGACUUUCGGUCGGGAAUGGGAAGAUUGGAACCGAUCGACGAAGAGAUUCAUUCCGGGUCUACUUUGA